AUGAAAUUCCUGGAAUUCUCGGAGAUUGUGAAGUUAAUUCCAUUCAAUGAGAAUGACACUGUGAUUGUCUGCGGCGAUUUUAAUCAGCCCGGUGUCAAAUGGAUCAGAGCAGACGAUGGUAAUUAUUAUCUGCCAAUGAAUGUGUCUACAGAAGGUGGCAUUGCUGUUUUUGACACAAUGUUCGACUGUGGAUUCCACCAACUGUCAAAUAUUGUUAAUCCGGCCGGAAAUGUUUUGGAUCUUGUUUUCACAAACAAUUUCUAUGAGAUGUCGUUGAUUGAAUCAACAAGACCAUUGGUAAAAUCCGACAUCUGGCACAAGGCAAUUGAAGUCGAAGUGACAAUUGAUGGAAAUGAGCCCACAACCCCGCAGGCGUCGGAAAUAUAUGCAUACAACUCGGCCGAUUUCGAUGCGAUGAACGAAUUUUUCGUUACAAAUGAUGUUUUGUUGGGAAUAAAUCGAAUUGAUGACCUCGAGAAUGCAUUCCAAUUAUUUGGCAAUGUUCUACACGAGGCAAUAGGCCAAUUUAUUCCAAAAAUCACCGUACAAAAAAGCACAGAUCCACCAUGGUACACGAAACAUCUGAAGCACAUGAAAAAUGUUAGGAGGAAAACAUACAAACGAGCAAGAGAGACUGGCAAUUUUGACGAAUACAAUACCAUCACGGAUUCGUUUUUACAGUUGCAAAGUCAACUAUUCCAGUCGUACAUUAGCCGCAUACAAUCGCAAAUCAGAUUAAAUCCGAAACAUUUUUGGCGAUUUGUAAACGACAGAAGAAAGAGAAGUGAUAUUCCGGCCACUGUUGAAUACAACAAUGAGACUGCAGACACAGACACAUCGAAAGCAGAAUUAUUCGCUGAUUUUUUCGAAAAUCAGUACACACGAAGCGACAUUAUCGACUUGAAUCAAUUGCUGGAUGAAUGCGGAGACGUAUCAUUUGACAUUGACAUCACUGAAGCCGAUGUGUUGAAUGCAUUGCAAUCCAUCAACGAGAACAAAGGAGCCGGUCCUGAUGGAAUAUCGCCGAAAGUGUUAAAGAACUGCGCACACUCAUUGUCGAAACCAUUAACAGCGCUAUUCUGUAAAUCGAUGCAUCAAGGAUGUGUUCCGGCAGCAUUGAAAAAUUCCAGAAUUGUGCCAAUUUACAAGGCUGAAAAGGCCUUCAGUGAUCAAUCCAACUAUUAUGAGUGGCAUAAGAAGUUCAAAGAGGGCAGAGAACGUGUAGAAGAUGAAAUGCGAUCCGGACAACCAACAACAUCAACUAAUCAACAACACGUCAAGGAAAUAAAAGAUCUUGUGCAAAAAAACCGUCGAUUGGCAAUUAGAGACCUUGUUGAUAUUGCUGGCAUUUCAUUUGGGUCGAUCCAAACCGUUUUAAAAGAUCAUUUGGGUCUCAGACGUUGUGCAUCUCGAUUAGUGCCAAAAACAUUGAAUUUCAUCGAAAAAGAGCGUCGUGUGUCAAGAAAUGCUUUCUGA